GCUGACGUGUGCGCCCUUGAAGCCGGGCGGUUUGGGGGCGAAGAGAGGCGCGAAAUAUAGAACCUGCGGGAACUCCGGAACAACCUCCCCCCAUUUUUGUCACCGUCUUCCAGUCUCUGCUUAUUCUACGGAAACAUGGCCGGCUACCUACGAGCUGUUACCUCUAUCUGCAAGUCCUCCGCGGCAGUCCUGAGCAAAACUCCCGGUGCCCUGGCCCCCGCCCUGACCCAGCAGCAGAGAAACUAUGCAGACAAACGUAUCAAGGUGGCUAACCCAGUGGUGGAGAUGGAUGGGGAUGAGAUGACCCGCAUCAUCUGGGAGUUCAUCAAGGAAAAGUUGAUCCUGUCUAAUGUUGAUGUUGAGCUAAAAUACUUCGAUCUUGGCCUUCCAUAUCGUGAGCAAACCAACGACCAGGUCACAAUCGACUCUGCUCUGGCCACAAAGAAGUACAGUGUUGCUGUGAAGUGUGCCACAAUCACUCCUGAUGAGGCUCGAGUAGAAGAGUUCAAGCUGAAGAAGAUGUGGAAGAGUCCGAAUGGAACAAUCAGGAACAUUUUGGGUGGAACAGUCUUCCGUGAGCCAAUUAUUUGCAAGAACAUUCCACGCCUGGUUCCUGGAUGGACACAGCCCAUCACAAUUGGUAGACAUGCACAUGGUGAUCAGUACAAGGCCACAGACUUUGUUGUUGAUAAAGCUGGAAAAUUUAAGAUGGUGUUCAAUCCAGCGGACGGCUCAGCGGCUAAGGAGUGGGAAGUGUUUGACUUUCCUGCAGGAGGUAUUGGCAUGGGAAUGUACAACACAGAUGAGUCCAUCUCUGGCUUUGGGCACAGCUGCUUCCAGUAUGCUAUUCAGAAGAAAUGGCCUCUGUACUUGAGCACAAAGAACACCAUAUUGAAGGCUUAUGAUGGCAGGUUCAAGGACAUCUUCCAGGAGAUCUUUGAGAAGCAUUACAAACCACAGUUUGAUAAACUGAAGAUCUGGUAUGAGCACAGGCUGAUCGAUGACAUGGUAGCUCAGGUACUCAAGUCUUCUGGAGGCUUCGUCUGGGCUUGCAAGAAUUAUGAUGGAGAUGUCCAGUCUGAUAUCCUUGCUCAAGGAUUUGGUUCCCUCGGAUUAAUGACAUCUGUCCUGGUGUGCCCUGAUGGAAAAACAAUUGAGGCAGAAGCUGCUCAUGGAACGGUUACACGUCAUUACCGGGAACAUCAGAAGGGUCGUCCCACAAGUACAAAUCCCAUUGCUAGCAUCUUUGCAUGGACCCGGGGUUUGGAACACAGAGGAAAGCUGGAUGGAAACCAGGAUCUGAUAGACUUUUCCUUGAAACUGGAGAAGGUUUGCGUUGAAACUGUGGAGAGUGGUGUGAUGACAAAGGACCUGGCUGCCUGUAUUCACGGCUUAAGCAACGUCAAACUCAACGAGCAUUACGUGAACACAACAGACUUCCUGGACACGAUCAAGAAUAACCUGGACAAAGCACUGGGAAAGAAAUGAAGUUUGCACUAGUUCAAUGGCCAGACAGUUUUACCUCAUUUUUAACCUCUUCAAUUUAGGAAGUCACCUGAGUGACUUUGGAACAAACUUUUUUUAACCCGUUUAAUGCUGGUUGUAUUAAACACCCUGCACAGCUGCAGAACCGGGACAGGUGUUUGUCACCUGUUUAGUGUUGGACUUCAUUUUACUGCACCUUUUUGUAUCUGUCAUCUUGCCCAAAUGGUGCAAUGUACAGUGAAUAAAAUCUUCACAAACUUCUUGUAAA